AGCUUUCCAAUCUUGCAUGUUACUCAUUUGACCCACCCAGCACCCUCUCUAUUUCUCUCUCUAGACAUAGGAAGGAGAAGCAGAGCCAUGCUAGAAAAUAGAGUUAGAACUUAUAAGUGUUGGUGGAGAGGAGAGAUCCGGCAACCAUAAAAGAAGAAAGCAGCAGAAGCAGGCGAACCAAACCAAACAUACCAAAGUGAAGCAAAGGAAAGGCACGCAUCCAACAAAAGGGCACCAAACCCGUAAAGGGAUCGGCGACAUAUAUAGAGAGAGAGCCAGGGGAGAAGGACGGGAGGCACGCAGUCGCAGCAAGCAAGAGCUCCACCGUUUCAUCUCUCAACCUCAUAGAGAGGGAGAGGGGGAAGAGGAAAUCAGAGCAAAGAAGCUAUCUUUUCACUCCCUCAAUCUUUCGUGGGUGUGCACGCCACCCCAAAAAGGCCCCGGUGGCGGCGGCCGGGAGUGGUAAGUUUCUUUAAAGCGCAGGAGCGGGAGGCCACCCGAGUACUCCGGAGAUGCAGCAGCGGCGCAAGUCGGUGUUUGCGUCGGCGCCGUUCGCGAUGAAGCAGGCGGCGCUUGGGGCCGGCGUGGCCGCGCGCAAGAACGGCGCGCCGCUGUCGCUCGCCGCGGUGGUGUUCGCGCUGUUCGUCUUCGCCACGUUCCUGUACAACGAGGACAUCAAGUCCAUCACCGACUUCCAGUUCAGCGCCGGCGCGAUCCGCGCCAAGGCGCCCGACCUCCACCUCCUGCAGGAGGCCGAGGCCGCCGCGCACGCCGCCGUCAACACCCUCGCCAAGCGCGGGGAGGAGGUCAUCGUCCGGGUCCUCGAAGCUCCCUCCUCGGGGGCCAUGCUGGCGGCCGGCAACAGCACUGGCACGGGCGAGGCGGCGGCGGCGGCCAAGACCAAUGCCAAUGCCAACACUGCCAACGCGGGCGCGGACAAGGUGGACGAGGGGCAGGAGAAGGACAGGGACGUGACGCUCCCGACCGUGACGGGAGGCGGCGCGGACGAGGCGAAGAGGCGGGCAGACGAGGAGGCGGCCGAGAAGGCGUCGUCAGCGAAGGCCGCGGCCGCGACGGCGGCGCUGCGGACCGUGGUGAGCGUGCCGGAGACGUGCGACAUGUACCGCGGCAACUGGGUGUACGACGAGGUGAACGCGCCCGUGUACAAGGAGGGCGAGUGCGAGUUCCUGACCGAGCAGGUCACCUGCAUGCGCAACGGCCGCCGCGACGACUCGUACCAGAAGUGGCGCUGGCAGCCGACCGACUGCGACCUCCCCCGGUUCGACGCGCGGCUUUUGCUGGAGCGGCUGCGCAACAAGCGGCUGAUGUUCGUGGGGGACUCGCUGAACCGCAACCAAUGGGAGUCGAUGGUGUGCCUGGUCCAAUCCGUGAUCCCCAAGGGCCAGAAGACGCUCACCAAGUUCGUCAACAACGGCUCCAGCAACGUGUUCUACGCGCACGAGUACAACGCGACGGUGGAGUUCUACUGGGCGCCCUUCCUGGUGGAGUCCAACUCCGACAACCCCAAGGUGCACAGCGUCCCCGAUCGCGUCAUCCAGUGGCACUCCAUCGCCAAGCACGCCCGCAACUGGGUCGGCGUCGACUACCUCAUCUUCAACACCUAUAUCUGGUGGCUCAACACGCUCGACAUGAAAGUCCUGAAGGGGUCGUUCGACAAGGGCGACACCGAGUACGCCGAGGUGGAUCGGCCCGUGGCGUACAAGGAGGUGCUCAAGACGUGGGCGAAAUGGGUGGACAGGAACAUCGACCCCAACAGGACGACCAUCUUCUUCAUGGGCAUGUCGCCCAACCACAUCACGCCGGAGGCGUGGGGCAACCACGGCGGGAUCAAGUGCGCGAUGGAGACGCUGCCGAUCACGAACCGCAGCACGUCGCUGGACGUGGGCACGGACUGGCGCCUCUACGCCGGCGCGCUGGAGGUGCUCCCGACGCUGCGCCGCGUGCCCGUCCACUUCGUGGACAUCACGGCGCUGUCGGAGCUCCGCAAGGACGCGCACACCUCGGUGCACACGCUCCGGCAGGGGAAGCUGCUCACCCCCGAGCAGCAGGCCGACCCCAAGACGUACGCCGACUGCAUCCACUGGUGCCUCCCGGGCCUGCCCGACACCUGGAACCAGUUCGUCUACGCGCGCAUCGCCUCGAGCCCCUGGCCCGCCGAGACCGAGCUGUAGGAUUCGGAUCCCCGGCCGGUAGCUGACGACGGGCCCCCAGCUAACGAGGCUCCAGUGUUACUGCCAUACAGGAAGAGCGAAGGACAAAGUUUGACACUUGACACAAGGGAUGCUCACCAAUUUUCGUUCUCACUUUUUUCCCCGAUUUUUCUUUUGGUUGCGUAAAGCUGUUCUGUGCUGUUAACCUGUGAUUCUUUGUUGAAAGAAGUGGAAGGUGUAGGAUAAAGAAAAUGUAAGGGCCUCGUUCAUUGGCAGCUCAUUUCCUCUCCUACUGAGGAUGGCUAGGAGAAAGCAAAAGGUUGUAAGAGGGAAAGCAAAGAGGGGUUGCAUGUAAAGAAGAUUUUUUGUGUAUUACACUAUGCUGGUGCACCCAAGGUUAAGAGAGGUAUAAAGACUACCUACGAGGUGCAUCUGUUCUUCAA